AAAACACUUACCUGGUUUCCUUGGGUCUGGUACUACACAGUAUUAGCAGCCUCCAAAACUUUGAAAGGAGCAGAUUUCUGUGGAGAGAAGUUGGCUUGGUUUUUUGGCAUCACAACACCAAAAUAUCAAUAUGCCAUUGAUGAAUUCUACAGAUUGAAAGAAGAGGAGGAGAAAGAAAAAGCAAGACAAGAGAAAAUACUUAGGAAGUUGGAGACAGAAAAGUUAUCAAGUGUUGAUGUAGAAAUUGACUUUAAAGGCAUUCCGUCCAAACACAUGCCAAGUGCUAAUACCUCAGAAAAUAUGGAAAAAUACUGACUUUGUCAACACCCAGCACCAUGUGAUUGUAAAACAAUACUUAAAAGCUCGGAAAGUGAUUUUUGUUAGUACAUUGUAAUACAUACUAUCAUCAUAUUUGGAUCAUAAUUAAACAUGAUAAAAGUUUAAAAAAAUAGUUUUUCAUUGUUCAAAUUUUCAAAAAAUAAUUAAAUUAAUUGUCCAACAUUUUUGUAGGUCAUUAUUGGUAAGUACUGCUAGUGUACAUGUACUAACAGAAAUCACUUGUUCAAGAAAGUUUGAUCAGAUUUAUUUUUUCUUUAGAAGUUUGACCUCUUUGUCUGUGAUAUAACCUUGUUGAUCUGAUAGAAAUGGUACGGGAGAACUGAGCAGGUGAACCUUACGUCUUUAUGAGCACAUUCGUGAUAAAAUCCAGAAUAUCAUUGUCUUAAGCCAGUCUGGACAAACAUUGACAAGGGAUCAUGUGUAUUUCACGAAAGAUUCAUUUUACCAGCUCAAAAGAUGGUUGUGUGUCAGUUAUUUAUCUGUAUGUGUGUAGAUAAAGCAUUCUGAACAAAUUAAGGGCUAUUGCAAGAAAAUAUCUGUCUUAUAAGACCAUUCUAGAUGUGAAGAAAUUUGACUUAAAAUGAAUGCUUGAGAAAAUGCAUUUUAUCAUACAGUACUCUUUGAAUUAAGAUUAUUCUCUCGGAAGUCAUAUUUCAUGAACUCUGAAAACCUCUUCCUGGGUGUUAGAUAAUUUGAUGCAAUAUCCCUUAGUUAUAUCAGUUACCUUAAUGCUUUGAGUUGCACCAAGAAAUGUGUCUACGCAGAGCUCCUAUAUAUGUUUAAGUUUUCUUUAUUUAAAGGCUUUGUACUAUUUCAUUUUUUGUUAUGUUGAGAUUUGUGCUGUUGAUGUAAAACCAUUUGUCUUGUUUACAGUUCUGAUGUUACCCUUUUGUCACUGGUACAGGAAACAAACAAAAAUAUAGAGUAUGGCAUCAAAUUUGAUUUAACUGGCAGUACAUUCAAAUCCAUGAAACCUACAGAUUUAAUCCAUGAUAUUCUCCAUUAGGGACCAUGAUAGCUGCAUCAGAAGAGCAUCAAAAUUUACCACCUGAGGUGAAUAUUCUAGGUCAUUAUGCUUCUUAGGCAGCUGAUAGAUUGGAUCAACCUGUGCUGUUGUGUCCUUGGGCAUGACACUUUACCCUUAUUACCCAGAAUUCCAUGCAACGGACAUCUUGCAUGUCAGUAAGGUAGUCACCAGCCUCAAAAUGUCCUGACUGUUGAUUGGCUAUAAACCCAACAAUCAUGUUCUCAGCAAUAGAUAAAACAACACGAUUCACAGUUAUAUCCUAAAAUCACCAAUGGUUACAGAUAAGGCAGUAUUGAAAGUAAAAGUCUUUUUCUACAUCAUUUUGUGCAGUUGUGUUUUACUCAAUGGUCAAAAUCACCCCCUCCCCCUACCCCCGACAGAACGUUAAUUCAGGCCUACAGAAAUGUAAUAUUGAAAUAAUAUGUUAUUUGUUAGAUCUGGUAUAGAACAAAAUAUUCCUUUGUGAAGUAUGUUUUAUCCUGUAUUGUGUGAAACCAUAUGUUAUCAACCAAUUAAAAUGUUGUAAAAUACAUUAUGUAUAGUACAAAUAUUCUAUGAUUAAAUACUCAUUUCGUGUGUGUUUGGUAGGACAUGACAUAAACCAGGGUGUUGAGAUAUUCUGUUUCUUGGUUUUAAAAAAAUCUUUCUUGGUUUGAUCAGUGGUAUAAAAUUUUGAAUGUAUAUAUAUAUAUUUAUCGUAUCGAAAUAUUUCAUGUUAAUUGUAUUUGACAUGAGAGAAAGUCUAUGUAAGUGAAUGUUUUAAUUUACAAAGUUAUUAAAAAAUAGCCUAGUAAGUAAAACAAAGGUGUGAAUGUGUCAUUGAAUUAGACAUGAGAACUAAAUUGGUCGGUUAUACUGAAGGUUAGUAAUUUUCAUACAGCUUGUAUGGUAUAGAUUUUUAAACAAGAGUGCUAAAAAGUUUGAAAUCAAAGCUAGCUUAUAAAAAAAUUGUUCUGAAAGUUGAAAGUUGUUAACAAAAGUUCUUUCUUGGUUUUAAAAGCAUCAUUUAAAGAUGAAUUUUACAUGUUUAAAUGACUUUCAAAAUAAAGAAAAAUGUCUGAAGUGUGA